UUGUUUCAUAUUUGUUUGAGAAUCUGUUUGUCUCUCCCCCUUAUAAAUAGACAUAAGUUACGCCAUCCUUAUUAUCUGAUUCAUUCCCUAUUUUUCAUGCACCAAUAUCUCUCUUUCUCUCUCUCUAAUCUAAACCCCUCACCCUCCCUUGUACUUCUCCAAUUCUCACAUAAUAUUUUAGGACCCCAAAACUCAAAAAUUCUCCAUGGCAGGCACUAGUGAUGAAGCAAAUAUCAUAUAUGAAGAGGAAUAUGUAUUGAAUUCUCGAGGAAUGAAGCUUUUUGCAAGCAGAUGGUUACCGGCGAAUGGGAAUCCAAAAGCGAUCAUCUUCAUGUGCCAUGGCUAUGCCAUGGAAUGCAGCAUCACUAUGAACAGCACAGGAAGAAAGCUUGCAAAUGCAGGAUAUGCAGUGUAUGGUGUGGAUUAUGAAGGGCAUGGAAAAUCAGAUGGGCGUCAGGGUCUUGUUCUUGAUUUCAAUUCUCUCAUCAAUGACUGCUGCCACUAUUUCACCACAAUUUCUGAAAAGAAAGAAAACAAAAAGAAGAUGAGGUUCUUGUUAGGGGAAUCCAUGGGAGGAGCAGUGGCCCUGCUUUUGCACUGGAAAAAACCAGAUUACUGGGAUGGUGCCAUUUUGGUUGCACCCAUGUGCAAGAUUGCAGAUGAUUUGAGACCAAACGCAAUGGUGGUGGGUGUCUUGAGUGCACUGAGCAGAGUGAUUCCAUCAUGGAGACUAAUCCCAACCCAAGAUAUCAUUGAUGUCGCCUUCAAGGAACCCCAAGUUAGACAACAGAUUAGAGCUAAUGAAUACUGCUACAAAGGGAAGCCUCGGUUGAGAACUGGCUGCGAACUUCUAAGAGUUAGUACAGAAAUAGAGCAAAGACUAAGCGAGGUAUCACUACCAUUUGUGGUGCUGCAUGGUGAGGAGGACCAAGUAACCGACAAGGCAGUUAGCAAGCAACUGUAUGAAGUGGCUUCGAGUACAGACAAGACAAUAAAACUGUACCCUGGAAUGUGGCACGGUCUCUUGUACGGAGAGCCACCGGAGAAUUUGAACAUUGUGUUUUCCGACAUCAUCGAUUGGUUAGACCACAAAUCUCAAUAUGGCAACACAAGGAUAGAGAGGGAGCUCAAACAACAACAUGAGGAUCAUCUAAAACCUUAAAUGUACAAACGCUUUAUUUAUUAGGAUUUAGGAUUCUCAAAACAAAACAUUACUGUUAGUAUAUACUGAAUUAAUUUAUAAUUUAUAAUGAACUUCUCUGGUUCAACUAUGUA